UGACAGUGGGAUGUUUUGAGGACCAAACAGUUCAUUCAUUUAUUUAUUGUUCACUUUCACUGCCUUUAGUCUGUAUCUUUCUUUUCUGUUGAGUAAAACAUUUUGCAGCAUUUUACUUUGAGACCUUUGCAGAGCUACACUGUCCAAAUCAUCUUGAGGAAAUAUAAUGGCUGCUUCUACAUUGCUGGACAAACCAUGGAGGGAACUGCAAUGGGGAGAGAAGGAGAAGGAACUUCAGUAUGUGAAGGAGUACAAACCUGAAAUUGAAGACGUUAAGCAUCUUCGAGUCCUCAUGUUUGGACAUGUUGGAGCCGGAAAAUCCAGUUUCAUCAACUCCGUCAGUAACGUCCUCCGAGGCCGAAUGUCCAUUCCUGCUUUGACCAGUGCGACCACCUCCGACAGAAGCUUCACCAUAAAAUAUGAAACUUAUAAAAUCCAAGUAGGACGAGGAACUUCAAAGACAUUUCUUCCUCUGGUUUUCAACGACGUCAUGGGUCUGGAAGACGGGAACAACAGUGGGAUUCAUGCUAGCGACAUCAAACUGGCUAUGAAAGGACACGUAAAGGAGGGUCACAAGUUUAACCCAAUGGGCCCACUGACUAAAGACGAUUAUGGUUACAACCCAAAUCCCUCACUUGGUGACAAGGUUCAUGUCCUGGUCUGUGUGAUGUCUGCCAACGCUCCAGAGAUUAAUGCUUCAGUUCUGCAGAAGAUGAAGGAGGUCAGAGAAACAGCCAGUCAACUGGACAUUCCUCAGAUGGCCAUGAUGACCCACAUCGAUGCUGCCUGCGGGGAAAUAGAGAAAGACGUGAAGAAUGUUUACAGAAGCAAACACUUGCAAAAAAAGAUGAAAGACUUCAGUGCAGCAGUGGGAAUCCCUAUGAACUGCAUCUUCCCAGUGAAGAACUACAGCGACGAAAUCGACAUGAAAAACGAUGUUGACAUCCUGAUCUUGAGUGCCCUGAGGAAAAUGGUCGACUUUGGAGACGACUUCAUUGAGAAACAUUUAAACUGAUAUUAACAGUUUAAGAAGAGGGCUUGCGGGGCAUUAAAGUUUAAAAAAGAAAAUGGUAUGCUGGAAACUAUUUCUUGAAUAAUUAAUAUUCAGAAUAACUUGUAUUUACCUGGAUGUGGUGUUUGUACUGCUUGAUCAUAUUAUGCAAAACUUUAGUCUGGAAUAUAAAUAUUAUUGGAAGUACUUGUUUUACAAAAGGAAAUUCUAAUUACAAUGGUAAUUGUAAUGCCUCAUUUUACAGAACAUUUUAUGGUCUACAGUCAAAUAUUUGUGAUAAUCUGAGGAUUGUUUGGCAGAAAUGCCUGUAUUGUGAUUUAACUACAAAAGAGUGGCUGAAAAUCUUAUCAAAUAUAAGAAGACACAUAAAAGGGAAGCUUAAUGAAGUUAUUCAUAGGUUUUAUUUUACUCUCUAACAUGUGCUAUUCUUUUGAUGUUAGUCAUUCUUAUUUACUUUAACAUUUCAUGCAGGGUAUAUUGUCUAUUUAAGCUUUUGUUUUCUUCAAUGUCUGUAAUAAGAUGAAAAAUGACACUACCAAACUUAGAUAAUAAGAAAAAGGUAUAAUAAAGGGAUGUUUGCAUGUAAUGUGUGGGAAUAUUAUGUCAGUUAAAAUAAAAUUACACUAUUGUAUGUCUUAAUCUACUUCUGAGAUAAAUGUUCUAAGGAAUAAAGCUAUUAGAACAUAAUGAGGGAUCAAAUGUGUUUUAAUGUGGUUUGAGGUUUCUCAUCUUCCUGUUUACUCUGUCGUCAUGAUGCAAAAUAAAAAAU